CAAAAAGCUAUAAGAGUUUAAUGCUAAACAAGGCUUCGUAAAACUCAGAAUAUACUACUGUAUUUAAAGCACACCGGAUAUUCUCAGGCGCUCCUCGAGAUGCCAAAUUUUAAACCGCGGGGAUAUUCCAAUUUCUCGUGAUCUCAUGGCAAUGGCGAAUGGAUCGGCAGCGCUGCUCGUGGAGGAGGGCGACACGCUGUGGAAGCUCGGGGAAUCGCUAGGGAUCGACUGGCGCCGUCUCCAGUCCUUCAAUGGCCUCGAUAGCGAUCUCAUUCUCGCCGGCGCCACGCUGCGAGUUCCUCCGCGCCCCUGGCUGCCGCGGCGCGUGUGGAGCCACGGCGCGCGCCUGGAGCCGCUGCUUGUCGAGGCCGGCGACACGGCCUGGGAGAUCGCGCAGGGGCUAGGGCUUCUGGUGGAGGAGCUCCAGGAGCUCAAUUUGCAUCUGGCGACGCUGGAUCUCUUGUUCCCUGGCGACAUUCUCUUCGUUCCUCACUGCCCAUCCCAGUGGAUCCAGCGCCGCCAGGUAUUUCGCGAGGUCAGGGCUAGAACCAAAGCGUUUGGAAGUGCCAAUGCUACUUUUUUUGAUGUGUUCCCUCCUCCCAGAGAUGUGGACGAGUACCGUCAAAGGCACAGGCUUCUCUUGGACGCGAUGCGAGACGUAGAAUCGAGUUCCAUGGUUCCUGCGCCGAUUGGAGAUGGUGGUCGAAGCAUUGGUCCCUUGCAAAUCAGCACAGAUUACCACGAAGAUGCUUGGUGGCAAAAAGAUCCAAGCGGUGCCAAGUACGAGCUGUGCGACGAGGUGGAGUACGCUGAGCGAACUGCUGUAAACUACUGGCUUAGAUACUGCCCGUGGUCACUCGAGUUCGACGACUUGGAAACUCUAGCUCGCACUCACAAUGGUGGCCCGCAGUGGUGGUUUCACAUGGCAACGAUACGAUACUGGCGCAAAGUUGCUCGAAGCUUGAAAAGCAGAGGUUUUAAGAAGAGGAUUCCCGAGCUGCUGGAGGAAAGGCAAGCUCCACUGCUGUUAAGUAUGCAUUUUCCGUUUCCUCCAGACACGAGCUCUUGUGUAACCGGCGGCGGCAGGAGCAGCAGUGACUAUACUCCAGCGGUUGCAGUCAUCAAGAACGUCAUCUCUGCCGCCUCUCCGGGGAGGAUGAAGACGAGCAGUCCCUGAUUGAGUGGCUACAGCUUCCAAAGUUUUGCUGGAUCCAGUGCACAGCUCCUGCCAGUUCGAGUUCAGCAGAGCAGCGAUCUACAUGGCCUGUAAGCGGCAGGAUUUCUUUCUCCUUUCUGGGAAUCCGUUACCGAAUCCCUUGCAGGCAACAGACUGAACAGACCGCGUGGACGUGAUGAUGGAAGGAAAGAAGAAGCCGAUGGAAGAAAGACUACUGAGAGACAUUAAUGGCAAAGAAGUGGGAAUAUCUGAGCCAGGACAACACUUGGCUGGAUCAUGACACAGGUGGGAGUUUCUCAUUCAGCUGCAAAGUCAAUGAAUGCUGGAGCAAAAGGUGAGAGAAAUCUUUCUUUGAUCUUUUUUACUUGUUUUUGUUAACAAGCAAGAACAAGUGAGACACUUUCUGUGAGACACAAAGGAAGUUUCCCUUCUUAUAAAUUCUAUUUUGGCCAAAGCUUUAAUUGCUUGGUGUUGGUGGA